GGUACCUCCAUUCUUCCCCUUGCAUACAUAUCUAUGAUCAUCUAGUUUCUCCAAGCUUGUUUGAUCAUUUCCGGAUACCCAAGGUUGGCUGGUUUCAACAAUGACCAAAUAUUGGAAGUGUUUAGCUCUUGUUUCAUUGCUAGUUUCAACCUGUGCCAUGGUUUCUGAAAGCCGAGCGGUAAGAAAAGACCUUGGCAUAGACCUGGGAGGGAUUGGGCUUGGUUUGGGUAUUGGGGUCGGUCUUGGACUUGGUGGAAAUGGUUCGGGCUCCGGAGCAGGUGCUGGCUCAGGUUCUGGGUCUGGUUCUCGUUCCAGUUCUAGUUCUAGCUCAUCUUCAUCAAGUUCAAGUUCUGGUUCAGGCUCCGGGGCAGGGUCACAAGCGGGUUCAUCAGCUGGAUCUUAUGCUGGGUCAAGGGCCGGGUCAGGUGGAAGAGGCUAGACUCCAGGUCCAGAAAUAAGGAAGAUCUUGAGCAUCCAGUGCUUGUCAAACUCAACUGGGAAAAAAAAAAAGGUCGGAAUUGCAAGGAAAGUUUUCUAAGUCGUCACCACAAUUUGAAUAUAAAUUAAUAAAUAGAUGGUGACUUUACUUUCUUUCUGCGUGUUGGUCGGAGUUUUGUGUCAAUUGUUAUGGCAAAAAUCAUUGUCUGCCCAAAAUCUUCCUUUCCAGUACUCUUUAAUUAUGUGUCGCUGCUAUUGCUUUAAUUUGUACUAUUAUCCUCAAUCCGUUUAUGACAAAAGGCAGGACCAAAUCUCCAUGUUCAAACAAGACAGUUUGGAUUUAUGGACUGGUUGAACUCAUAAUUUA